AUGGCGUUAUACAUCAAGAUGUCAAUCUGGCCUUGGAUAAUGGAAAUGUUUGUAACAGUGACAUUUCCAUCAGGCAGGGCUGAUGGAAAUGCUGUUGCUGUUGCUGUUGCUGGGGCUGCCAUGUCUGAUAAUAUCACACCAGCCCAAGUGAGUUGCACAAGCAUCCUAUGGAAACCCAUAGCACCACUAUUUUUGAGAAGUGUUUACUGUAUCAGCAUAAUAGGCCUCUUAAUACUGCUUCUGCGAUGUUCUUGGAUAUAUUGGGGAUUGAAAAAAGGAAAGCUCAUCAAACUCAAAGAAAAAUUCUUUCAACAAAAUGGUGGCUUACUGUUAAAACAACAACUCUCUAAUCACCAAAAGUCUGUGGAGACAACCAAAAUCUUUACUACAGAAAAGCUCAAGAAGGCUACCAACAACUACGAUGAGAGUAGUGUUCUUGGCCAAGGAGGUUAUGGAGCUGUGUAUAGAGGAGUAUUGUCGGAUAAAAUAGUGGUUGCCAUUAAGAAAUCCAAGAUUGGUGAUCAGAGCCAAAUCGAGCAAUUCAUAAAUGAAAUGAUUGUUCUUUCCCAAAUUAACCAUAGGAAUGUGGUUAAGCUAUUUGGUUGUUGUCUAGAAACAAAAGUUCCUUUACUAGUUUAUGAAUUCAUCACAAACGAAACUCUUUCUACCCAUGUUCAUGAUAAAGGUCUAUCACCCUUACUUACAUGGGAAAAACGUCUGAAGAUUGCAACAGAAACUGCUGGGGCACUUGCAUAUUUGCAUUCUUCAGCUUCAAUGCCAAUUAUACAUAGAGAUGUGAAGACUAUGAAUAUACUAUUGGAUGAUAACUACACAGCAAAAGUGGCUGACUUCGGAGCUUCAAGGCUAGUUCCUCUUGAUCAAACAGAAUUGAACACUUUGGUGCAAGGAACUUUGGGGUACUUGAACCCAGAAUACAUGCAAACUAGCCAACUAACAGAAAAAAGUGAUGUCUAUAGCUUUGGUGUUGUUAUGACAGAGUUGUUGACAGGUGGGAUAUCUUCCACCCAUAUAUCACAUUCGUUUACAAACUUGGCAUGUCUUGCCAUAAAAUGA